AUGCUCCACUGGGACAAGCUGCAGCCCCACAGCGUGCGUGGCACGGUCUGGGAAGAUGCGGGGACCGUGGACGGGCUCGACCUCGGCGAGCUCGACUCGCUGUUCGCGCUCGAAGAUCCCAACGCCGCGAAGAAGAAGAAGAAGGCAGAGGGCGACGGGAAACCCAAGGCUGUGAGUCUCAUCGAUUCGAAGCGUUCGCUGAACAUAUCAAUCCAGCUCGCGGGUAUUCGCAUGCCCUUCAAGGACAUCAAGAAAGCCUUGCUCAGCAUGGACGACACCGUGCUCGGCCUUGACCAGCUCAACAUUCUGACGCUAUGCGUGCCCACGAUGGACGAGGUGAAGCUGCUGAAGAACUACCCGGGCGACAAGGCGGAGCUCGCCACUGUGGAGCAGUACUUUUUGCAGGUUAUGGCGAUCCCUCGGCUGUCGCAGCGCAUCUCGUCGCUCGUCUUCAAGAACUCCGCGCACGCCAACAUGGAGAAGGUCAACUCCGACUACCAGCUCGUGAGCAAGGCUGCCGACGACCUGAAGCACUGCAAGCACUUCGUGACCGUCCUCGAGGGUAUCCUCGCCGUUGGCAACCACCUCAACGGCGGGACCUACCGCGGCCAGGCCAGGGGUUUCAGGCUAGAGACCCUGCUCAGGCUCACGGACGUCAAGGCUGUCGACAGGAAGACUAGCCUGCUGCACUUCGUGGUUAAGGAGCUGCAGAAGACCUCGCCCGGCGUGGAGUUUUUGUCCACCGAGCUCGAGUCUGUCAAGGCCGCCGCGGGGCUCCACUUGGACGGCACCAAAGAGGCACUCGGGCAAAUCGUCGCCGGCCUCAAGCAGGUGAACGACGAGGUCCUCAAGGCUGCGGGCGCCGACCCCGAGCAGGACGAGGAAGCUAGCUCCGAGGAAACCCACGAUAGGUUCAGGGACGUCAUGAUCCCCUUCGCGGACUCGGCCGACGCCGACGUCGAGGCGGCGCAGCGACUCGCGAGCUCGGCGAACGACGCCAUGAAGGGCGUCACCGAGUUUUUCGGCGAGCCGUUCAAGCAGGACAACGCCGGGCGGAUCUUCCGGCUCGUGGCGGACUUUUUGGUCACGUUCGAUAAGGUUCAGACGGACAUGAAGGUGCAGGCGGAGCGGGAGGCGGCGGCGAAGCGGCGCGAGGAGUCUCUCAAGAUGCGCAAGUCCAAAUCGCAAGCCGUGCUC